ACGCUGGGUUUUUUCCUUCACGGGUCCGUCUUGUCAGGCUUCCAUAACGCUUCUAUUUUGGCAAAAUGGACAUGUUGUAGUCAAUAAAAAACAUGGCCUGGGUGAAUUUUAAAACACGAUAUUCAACAAUGUGCACCGUCGAACAUGAUUUACAAGACAGAAGCGUGUUCUUGACAGGAUCUUUUGCCUGAGAGCCAAGCCCAGGGCAAUUUUCGCUCUUGUCCAUUCUUCAUCGGCCAACUGUGUCCGGUGACAAAAUAAAGAGCUUGCGGUGACUUAGUCGGAGGGUUGGAGCUAUUUGUCUUACCGGACGAACCUGAAGACCUGGGUUUCACUUAACGUAAACUACACAGUCCCUUUUCAGCUAGCACCACCUCCUCCACGAUGACUGCUGCUGUGAGAGAUUCUGCCAACGUGCCUAUUCGAGGCGCUGGCGAUGGCAUGGAAACUAAAAAAACACCAGCUGUCCUGGAGGUGAACACAGAUACACUGCCACCAAGUUCGUCUGCACUUCCCGUCCUGAAGGUGACUAAUCCAAAACACAGCCCCAAAUUUUCCCAUCCCGCUCCUCCUGCUGCUCCCCAACCUCUCGGGGUGCUCCACCUGGGCAGAGUGAGUCGAGAGGCCUGCACAGAGGUAGAGGCUGUGAGGAUUGUUAUUCCACGUGCCGCCAUUAGCCGGACCAGUCGCUCAGGUCCCUCUGAUGGGAAAGGGGAGGCUGGGCAACAGGCUGAGGAGCAAGGUUCUCCCCCACUGCCUCUGGUGGAGGACUGGAGAGGACAGCUGGAGAAACUGCAGAACUCUGAACGCCGGCUCCUUCAGGACAAGGAAGGCCUUUCUAAUCAGCUCCGUGUGCAGACAGAGGUGAACCGUGAGCUAAAGAAACUGCUAGUGGCCUCUGUUGGCGAUGACCUUCAGUACCACUUUGAGCGUCUGGCACGGGAGAAGAACCAGCUGAUUCUAGAGAAUGAGGCUCUGGGCCGAAGUCUGGCACACACUGCAGAGCAGCUGGAGCGUAUGAGUAUCCAGUGUGAUGUGUGGAGAAGCAAGUUCCUGGCCAGCAGAGUCAUGGCAGAGGAGCUGACAAAUGCCAGAGCAGCCCUGCAAAGACAGACAAGAGAGGCACAAGGAGCCAUUCAGGACCUGCUGUUAGAAAGAGAGGAGUUCUCCAGGGACAUGGUGCUCACUCACAGAUCUUUGGAGCAGCUCCUGGUGUCUCUUCAGUGGGGCAGACAGCAGACGUACUACCCCAGUGCACAGCCCCUCAGCACUGGAGAGCUGGCAGCAGCCAAUCACAAGCUAGCAGAUGCUAUCAACUCCCACCUGCUGGGGAACACCAGUGGCAGCAGCAGUGUGGUGAAGAGCAGCAGUGCAACAGCCGAACAGCUCUGCAGCACACCAGCUGAGAAGAUGGCUGAGAAGGUGCUGAAGAUUUUAGACCCAAUUUCCUGUUCAGAAAACAAGACAGAUUCUCCACUCUGUGAUUCUGCCCCCUCAGAUUUCCUCAACAACAAAAAGAGCAUUGGCAGGUUUCACCCAUACACCCGCUAUGAGAACAUUACUUUUAACUGCUGCGAACGCUGCACCGGAGAAAUCCUGGUGCUGUAGAGGUGAAAGAGCAGCAAAAUGUCCCCAUCAGACACCGAUGCAGCAUGAGAUCUUAUUUCCAAGGACUGAUUUCUGAACAGGACUGUACUCUGGAGGAUAUUGUUGCUCUGUUAAGUCACUUCUUCAGCAGGCACCAGAACUUAGCUGCUCAAGCUUGCGUAUUUUUGCUACCUAUUUUGGUGUGUAGCAGUCGUCGCUGUUGGAUUUCCACAGACUCAGAUAAGGAUUUUAAUUUUUUCUCAAUCAAACUGCUGUUUAUACUGCUCUCUUAAACUUGAAGAAAAUGCUAAAAAAAUAAUGUUGUUUCUUGAAUAAUCAUGAUGUAAAAAUUAUGUCUUUUUUUUUUUUUAAAGAAUGCAUUUCCAAACCAUUGCAGCCUUGUUUACACUAUGAAAUGUGCUAUUUAUUGCUGGGAUGUAAGGUCAAGAUGAAUCAGUGUUACAUGGUGAAAAGAGUUUGCUUAUUCAAACUUGAACAUUAGGUCAGUGUGUUUUUGUUUGUUUGUUUUUUUACAUUUUCCUAUAUCCAUAAGAAAAUGUGCAAACAGGCCCUAAUGCCUGAGGCUUGCCUAGUCAGCCUGUUGUGGAAAUUAACUCCAAGAUGUUAUCACACAACAGACAAUAAGCAAACUUCACAGCCUCACAUGCACUGUGAAGAAUAUAAUAAUAAAUAAGUGAGGAAGCCUUUUAUAUUGCAGGGGUCUCCCCAAUUUAUCGCUAUGGUGGUGCUAUACUGUAUAUUAACAUAUUGUAGUCAUUAGAUGUAUUCUGAUAUUUUUCCUUUCCGAUACAUGAACUUUGAGUAUUGGCAGAUACAGAGUACCAUUGCAGUUUUAUUAAUUUGUAAUGGCGGUAUACCACUAACCCUGGUUAGAUGUUAAGUUAUGGAUGCAGUAAAAAGCCUCUGUUAGGUUGCGUACAGGCCUGUCCGAUACUGAUAUCAGAACAACCGUAGAGUUAAUAUAUUUUGUAUACUGCACGCUUCAAAGGCUUUAUAAUAUACAUUAAAUGUUUUGGAAAUGAUUUUAGAGUGCUGAAAUAGACUUGUUGUGGAGUAGUAUUGUUCAAAGUCAAUUAUGCACACACAAACAUUGUUAUUUGCAGAGACAUUGACUUUGUGGAUUUUCAAAGAAAAAUGGUACACAGGCAUUUUCGAAAACGAUUUUAAAAAGAAAAUGUUUCACUUUUUUUUUUUUUGAAUCAGCCAUGUUCACUUGGGUGAUGUUUUUUGUAAUUUAAAAUGAUUUAUAAACUUUUUUUUGUCUCAGAAUACAUUACUGUGAAAUGAUUAGUAAUAUAUUACACAUGCCCUUUUGCAGUUUUCUUAAACCAGACUGUAUUAUAUUUUGAUUGAUGUCAUCUGUAUGGGAACAUUGCUUUUUGCAUCUAUGGUGAUACUGUAAUUUACAGUGAAAAGCAGACUUUAAAAAUAUUUAUACAUCUUAUGUUUUCCAUAUAGACCAAAAUAAAGACCAAAGUAAUUUCUCUUUUUAAA